UGAAUUGAUAGGUAGAACUAAUAUUGGAGAAUGAGAGAGUGAGUGAGAGAGGGUCUCAAGCAUACUCAAGCUGCUUCCAGCGCGGCUUCCACUCUCCACAGGCUCUACGCCGGGUGGACGGCAGCAUGCAGCGGAUGUGCUCCAGAGGGGCUUUCCUCACCCUGUGCUUGGCACCUGCCGCGCUAACAAGCCUGCACCCUGAAUGCGAGUUCAUCUUCCAGCUGGAGAAAGACGAGCUCCGCUGCCUGCGCUCCAUCGCCGAGCAGGGAAACGCGAGUGCGCAAGGUUGUCGAGCAUUCUGGGACGCGGUGGUGUGUUGGCCUCACGCUGCGGUCGGGGAAACUGUUCACAACGCUUGUCCUGCUGUGUUUUCCCUCUUCGGAAACAACACGGGACAAGUGAGACGAAAUUGCACCGACGAAGGUUGGUCCAGACCCUUCCCGCCAUACCAUGUUGCCUGCAGUGUGGACGAUGACCUUCCAGAGACAGAGCAGACGUACUACGCCACAGUUAAAUUGAUCUACACCGUCGGCUACAGCAUCUCUCUGCUGGUGCUGACCGCCGCCGUGGUCAUCCUGCUGUUCUUCAGAAGGCUGCGCUGCGCCCGGAACUUCAUCCACAUCCAACUCUUCCUCACGUUCAUCCUGAAAGCCGCGGCGGUGUUCAUCAAGGACGCCACCCUGUUCUCCAGCGACGACACCAACCACUGCACCCUCUCCACCUUUGCCUGCAAGGCCGCCGUGGUCUUUUGUCACUAUUGCGUCAUGGCCAAUUUCUUUUGGCUCCUGGUGGAGGCGCUCUACCUCACUUCCCUGCUGCUCUCCUCCUUGUACCGCCGACGCCAGUGCCUGUGGGGGUUCAGUCUGCUGGGAUGGGGGGUUCCUGUGUUCUUCAUCGUGCUGUGGAUUGCCUCCCGGGUGUAUUUUGAAGACACAGAAUGCUGGGACAUCAAUGAGGACUCGCUCUAUUGGUGGAUCAUCAAGGGCCCGAUUGUGGUGUCCAUUGUGGUCAAUUUCAUCCUCUUCGUCAACAUCGUUAGAAUUCUGAUCCAGAAGCUGAGCCCCCGUCUGAUCCAAUUCAAUAACUCCUCGCAGUACAGACGCCUGACCAAGUCCACCCUGCUGCUCAUCCCCUUGUUUGGCACCCACUACAUCUUCUUCAAUUUCCUGCCUGACUACUUUAACGUGAACCUGCGCCUCUGCCUUGAGCUCUGCAUCGGAUCCUUCCAGGGACUGCUUGUGGCAAUCCUCUACUGCUUCCUCAAUCAAGAGGUGCAAAAAGAGGUGCACAUGCAGUGGCUCAGGUGGCAAGAGAGGAGCUGUGGCGUGGUGUCCCCCGCGGCAAAGGGCAGCAUGAUGGACACACCCUUCUAGACGUGCCUCCGCAUCUCACACACACACACACACACACAGCUCUGUCUCCAGAUGCACUUGGACGCCCCAUUGGUCAAACGGAAUCUGACUUUAGUUGAAUUAAGGGCCCAAUCUAAAAACUAAAGUCAUCAUUUAUUCAUCAAUCGCAAACAGCGGGCGUCUGCUGCCGCCAUCGUAUUGGUGUUCAAUCGUAUUGGUACAUGGCCAUAUAAAUGUUAUUAUCAUGCAGUAUUUUGUGUUACAUCAUUUCUGUGAUUAUUAAGUCAUUUGUAUUAUGCUUUAAAUGUAAUAAGCUUCAAUUGGUCCCAUACUGCACCUUGGGUGAGCGUUUUUGUUUCAUUACAAAGAGCUUACAUCAGUCCUUUGCCUUAGCACGAAUGUAUGAGCUUGUGAUGUGUUUCCUGUGUAUUUAUACGUGUCUCAACGUUUGCUUGCAAUGGACUUUUGGAAAGCCUUGUGAAAAAAACAAUUCUUCACUGUUUUCUUCACUUUUCACGAGAUAACAUCAGAUAUGGCAGUUCUAAAAUGUUUCAAGUAAAUCAGAUGAUGGGAGCAAGCUUUUGAAGUGUCUUUUUCUUUUUUUUUUCCCUUUUUCCUUCAACACAAGAGGAAAAUGGUAUAGUACGUAUUUGUUUGAAGCACUUCCAAAAUAUAAGAAGAUAUAAAACAAAUGAAAAACACUUGA